GGCGGGGGGGCGUGUCGGCGGUGUCGGCGUCGCUGCGGGCGGCCGCAGGUGUCGGCGCGAUGGUGGACAGCGUGUACCGAACGCGGUCGCUGGGGGUGGCGGCGGAGGGGCUGCCGGACCAGUACGCGGACGGGCGGGCGGCGCGCGUGUGGCAGCUGUACAUCGGGGACACGCGCAGCCGCACGGCCGAGUACCGCAGCUGGCUGCUCGCGCUGCUCCGCCAGCACCGCUGCCGCUCCGUCCUCGACGUGGCCUGCGGCACCGGGGUGGAUUCCAUCAUGCUGCUCGAGGAGGGCUUCCAGGUGACCAGCGUGGACGCCAGCGACAAGAUGCUCAAGUACGCGCUGAAGGAGCGCUGGGAGCGGCGCAAGGAGGAGCCCUUCGACCGAUGGGUCAUCGAGGAAGCCAACUGGCUGACACUGGAGAAGGACCUGGAGAAGCCAGGGGACGGGUUUGAUGCAGUCAUCUGCCUGGGCAACUCCUUCGCGCACCUGCCCGACUUCAAAGGCGAUCAGAGUGACCACAAGCUGGCCCUGAGGAACAUUGCCAGCAUGGUGCGGCCCGGGGGCGUCCUGGUCAUUGACCACCGCAACUAUGAUCACAUCCUGGCCACGGGCUGCGCCCCACCUGGCAAGAACAUCUACUAUAAGAGUGAUUUGACCAAAGACAUCACCACCUCGGUGCUGCUGGUGAACAACAAGGCGCACAUGGUGACCCUGGACUACACGGUGCAGGUCCCCCCAGCUGAGGCGGGGGCAGACCCAGAGCUGAGCAAGUUUCGACUCUCGUACUACCCGCACCGGCUGGAGGCCUUCUCGGCCCUGCUGAAAGGCGCCUUCCAGGGGAAGUGCCAGCACAGCGUCCUGGGUGACUUCCAGCCCUACACGCCGGGACAGGCCCACGUUCCCUGCUACUUCAUCCAUGUCGUGAAGAAGAUGGCUUGAGAGGGCUGCGGAGAUGGGACUGUGGUGGCCAAGAGCUGCGAGCAGCUCUGAGGACAAGCUGGGAGCUGGGGCCAUCACUGAGAGCCCACUCCUGUUAAUUAAGAGCACUCAUGAGAGAUACCGGAGCCCGUGGU